AUGCAAGGAAGUUAUAAAAAUAACGGUCUACCAAGACCUUACUAUAUGAAACCAUCCUCAAAGAAAAAGCAUUCCCCAUAUAGUAAUCUCAAAGAACCAGUUGUGUAUUUUACCAACUCGAGAAGAAAACUAGGUGGGUAUCUAAUCAUGCUUCUCUUAUUUGGAACAUUAAUGUGGUGGGUCUCCCAAGAUUUAAGACCAACUCCGGAACCAGAAUAUGAGAUUGUCUCGUCAGAAGCAAAUAGUGCCAAGAAAACCCCCAUAAAAGAUAAUGCGAAUGUCAACAUGGAUAAACUAAUUAAUGACGCCGUUGGUUCAAAGGCCGACAAGGAAAUUGAAAACAAGGAUUUGGCUGGUAAUUUCGCUCAUGGCUCCCAUGGAGAAAAGGGAUUAGGCGUCGCGGAAGCUCCAAAAGGUGGUGUUGCCAACGAAGGCGCUGUUGUUGGAAGUGAUGAAGAUAAAUUAGUUGGAACCGGUAAAGGUAAAAAGAAACAACUAGGUGAACAACAAGUACUUGCUGGAAAGGCCCCUACUAAGGGGUACCAAGCUGAUAUCUCCAAUGAUGCCGCUGCCGCUAAACCUGUUGGUGCUCCUGGUGCUGCUGCUGCUGCUGCUGCGGGGGCCGCUGCGGGCAUUGCACAACCUGUCAAGCCAGCUGAUCGGGAUCAGGACAUAUUUGAACAAGUAGAAGCAGCUUUUGAUCCUUCUGCCGAGGAUGAAGUUGACCGAAUAGUCAAAAAUGCAAGGGCUGCAUAUGCAGAUAAAAGUGGGAAACAAAUCAAGCAUAAACAGGACGUUGACGAAAAGCAAACUGCACCAAAGCAAGAAGCACCUAUUAACUAA